AUGACUCUGAGAGCCCGCCUCCCCGACUUCACUUUCCCAAUCUCAGGCAAUCAUCCAGCUUCUGCUCCUAUUGUUGUGGGCAAAUGGUAUUGCCCAUGUGUUUUUGUUAGGGAUGAAGGUGUCGAGACCAAGCACCAAAUGAAGAAGUCGAUGUUCUACAAGAUGGUACUUGAGCAAAAGUGGGAGGAGCUUCACACGUGCGAGAAUAAUGUGAACAACAAGGACAAUAAUAAGGCCAGGGUAAAUGUGGCUUUGACCAAGGAGGAGGCUUCGGUCUUCGGCCUGAGAGCAGUGGAGGAUGAUGAUGGGACUAGUGAUGGCUUUGUGUGGUUCAAGGUCAUGACACAUGACGAGGCACGGAGAGGAAUCAGAUUGGGGGUGAGUGAGGCCAUUGCUGAGAAGAUGAAGUGGGUGAUGAGGGAAGGAGGGUGGGCUCAUGAUGAUGGUGGAUCAGGAAGAGAAGUGAGAGUGGAGAGCGUGGAAGAGUUCAAAGGUGACAGGAUGUGGAAGAGAUUCGGUUGCUAUGUCUUGGUGGAGAGCUUUGUUAUGACAAGAUUGGAUGGGAGUUUGGUGCUCAAGUGUGAUUUUAGGCACACGCACAGGAUUCAAUGCAAGUGGGAGUGA